CCAAUCACACGCCGCGAUGCAAAUGAGCCCAGGCCCAGUUUCUGGAGCCCCUCCCCCAGCUCUAUGUCAGCGAGCCAAGCUGCCUCCCUUCCUUUCUACACGCUCUUUUACCUGCUGGUUCACACAUGCUCUUCUUUUCAUGAUAUGUCAGCUCCAUUUUGUAACUAAGCGAGGCCGUUUUUGUAUUCAGGAAGUAUGUGAAUAUUUGGAAGGCCCAAGUGAGCUUUACUCUGUGAAGAUUCUUAGGAGCAAACGGCAAAAAGACAUCAUGGACUUAGACAAUCAGUGCAAAAGGAGGUUGAGGGUGUGUGUGGCCACAUGCAACAGAGCAGACUACUCCAAGCUGGCCCCCAUCAUGAUCGGGAUCAAGGCUCAUCCUGAUGAAUUUGAUUUGGAAGUCGUCGUGCUUGGUUCCCAUCUUAUUGACGACUAUGGGAACACGUACCGCAUCAUCGAGCAGGACAGCUUUGACAUCAGCUCCAAACUCCACACCAUUGUGAGAGGAGAGGACGAGUCAGCCAUGGUGGAGAGCGUGGGUCUUGCUCUGGUCAAGCUCCCCGACGUCCUGAAUAGAUUGAAACCGGACAUUCUGAUCAUCCACGGUGAUCGCUUCGACGCCCUGGCUCUCGCAACUGCAGCAGCUCUAAUGAACAUUAGAAUUCUUCACGUGGAAGGAGGAGAGGUGAGCGGCACAAUCGACGACUCCAUCCGCCAUGCCAUCACGAAGCUAGCCCAUUACCACGCCUGCUGCACGCGCAGGGCCGAGCAGCACCUCAUCGCCAUGUGUGAAGAUCACAAUCGCAUCCUGCUCUCGGGCUGUCCCUCUUAUGAUAAGCUGCUGGGUAAACAGAGAGACGACUACCUGGAUAUCAUCAGGAAGUGGCUCGGCGACAAAGCUCAGGAGGGAAAUUACAUUGUUGCACUGCAGCAUCCGGUGACCACAGACAUUCAGCACUCUAUCAAAAUCUACGGACUGAUGUUGGACGCCCUAAUAUCCUUCAACAAAAGGACACUCAUCCUCUUCCCCAACAUUGAUGCUGGAAGCAAGGAGAUGGUGCGCGUCAUGAGAAAGAAGGGCAUCGAGCAGCACCCCAACUUCCGGGCUGUGAAGCACAUUCCCUUUGAGGAGUUCAUCACGCUGGUCUCUCACGCCGGCUGCAUGAUCGGAAACAGCAGCUGCGGGGUGCGGGAGGCCGGGGCCUUCGGGACGCCGGUCGUCAACCUGGGAACGAGACAAACAGGCAGAGAGACGGGUGAGAAUGUUCUACAUGUAAGAGAUGCGGACACUCAAAAUAAGGUCUUCCAUGCUCUGCAGCUGCAGUUUGGGAAGAGAUACCCUUGCUCUAAAAUCUAUGGCGAUGGCAACGCCGUGCCUCGCAUCCUGAAAUUCCUCCAGAACAUCAACAUGGACGAGGCUCUGCAGAAGGGCUUCUGCUUCCCUCCGGUCAAAGACUGUGUCUCACAGGACAUCGAGCACAUUCUGGAGACCCAGUCCGCUCUGGCCAUCGACCUGGGUGGAACCAACCUUCGGGUGGCCAUCGUCAGUGUGAAGGGGAACAUAAUAAAGAAGUUCACCAAGCCAAAUCCAAAGACCUUUGAGGACAGAAUGGAGCUCAUUAAAAAGAUGUGUAAAGGAGCCAUUCAGGCCGCCGUGGGCCUCAACUGUAGAAUCCUCGGUGUUGGCGUGUCCACGGGCGGGCGUGUGAACCCACAAGACGGCGUGGUGAUGCACUCCACCAAGCUCAUCCGCGAGUGGUCCUCUGUGGACCUCAGAACACCGCUGUCCGAAGAGCUGCACCUGCCCGUCUGGAUCGACAACGACGGCAACUGCGCUGCUCUGGCUGAGAAGAAGUUUGGCCAUGGCAAAGGAGUGGAGAACUUUGUGACUGUCAUCACCGGCACAGGCAUCGGAGGAGGAAUUAUCCAUCACAAUGAGCUGAUCCAUGGCAGCACCUUCUGUGCGGCGGAGCUGGGUCACAUCAUGGUUUCAAUGGAUGGACCCGAAUGCUCCUGCGGCAGCAGAGGCUGCAUCGAGUCCUACGCUUCUGGUCAGGCCUUGCAGAGAGAAGCCAAGAGGCUGAACAACGAGGACCUGCUGAAGGUGGAGGGAGUGGACAUGAAGACAUCGGAGCCGAUAACUGCUGUUCACCUCAUCAGUGCUGCUCAACAGGGCAAUGCCAAUGCAGCAGCCGUGCUGAAGAAAGCCUCCACUGCUCUGGGUGUCGGCAUAGUCAAUGUCCUCCAUCUGGCCAACCCUUCCCUGGUCAUCUUGUCUGGAGUCUUGGCGUCAGUCUACCUGGAGCCGGUGCAGUACAUCGUCUCCGAGCGAGCACUUCCGUCCACCAAGAACAUCAAGAUCGUCACCUCGGAUCUGGAGGAGCCCGCGUUGUUGGGGGCUGCUAGUAUGGUGCUGGACUACGCAACUCGAAGGCUGUAUUGAGGAUGUUUUAAGAUCUUUAUUGUGCCUACUGGCAGCACUAUGCCACUUCUUUUGUGAAACUUGAGAAAGGGUCUCCUCAUGCCCAUUAUUUAUUGGGUGUGGAUAUUAGUAUAUUUGUGUAGACAAGAUAAUGCUCUGUUUUUAAAUUCUAUUUUUAAAUCACUGGAAAAUGCAAUCAUAAACAUGAGGUCGGUCACUUCCACCCGAGGUUGGAUAAUUCCACAUUACCUUUCGGUACAUCUGCGUCUUCAUAUCUCGUUCAUCUUCAUAUCUCGGUGUUGACUGAAAAUGAGCCUGGCCUUAAUAUGCCACUCUAGGCAUUGUCGCCUUUUUUAUUUUGUGGAUAUGAAAAGGUAUUUUCAGUUCAUAUUUGAUUUAUUACUGGUCAUAUGCAACAUUACUAUUGAAGUAUAUCAUUCCAUAAGACAGGUUUGACUCUGAGGAGGUUUUUUAGUUUUCAUGAGUUUGGAAAAAUGUUUCCAUCUCGAAUCAGCCAAGGUUUUUUAGAGCUUGGAACUGAUACUAUGAAGGAUUGUCUUCCAAGCGUGACCAAAGUUUUGCAAACAUAUGAUGUUUCAGUUUUUUUUUUUUUGUUUUUUUAAUGCUGCUAAUAAGCCUUACUGACUUACUUUUUUUUCUUUUCUUUCAAACCACUGACUUUCCAAACAAUCAUAUUAGUUCUAGUGUUUCCCUGUUAUUGUUUUUAUUUAAGGUUUUGGGGAUAUAUAUCUAUGUUCUCAACUGGACAGUGCGUUGGGAUGAAUGUCUAAGACACAAUAUACUUGGGUUCAUUUGAUGUGUUGCCAAUUAACAUCUCCUGAGUCCGGCACAGUUUUAACAUUCUUUUGCCUUGUGUUAAAUGUUUACACAAAUGAGUGUAAUAACAACCACAUACGUGUAUUGUGGGACAUAUUUUAUUUAAUUUAAUUGGUGUGAAGGUCCAAAUAAAGGUGCU